ACUUGGAACUUCAUCUCCCAGGUGGCAUUGCGAGCGGUCUGUUUCUAGGUGUCUAGCAACAGCUAUCAGCCCAGACAGCCGGCGGCGACGGGAGCGGUAUUUCUCGGUGUGUCUUUCCACGAUUAUUCGCUGCCGGUGUUCAUAAUUAAUAAUCACUUGGCUGAAAAUAGUGAAAAAAACAACCCUGACCCCUGCACAGAGAUAUGAGCGGCAGCGGGCGGCCCAGGACCAGCUCGUUUGCUGAGCCGCCAGGUGUGCAAGGAACCGCCGCUGCGUCCACCGGAUCAGCCGCUGCCGUGGGGAGCAGUACAGGAAAGUCCGGGGUCCCGCAGGCCUCCGGCAGCAGCUCGUCGGGAUGCUCGAACCUCAAGCUUGCCAGAGACAGUGGGAAGGUGACGACAGUUGUGGCCACACCAGGUCAGGGCCCGGACCGCCCACAGGAAGUCUCUUACACUGACAUCAAGGUGAUUGGCAAUGGGUCGUUUGGUGUGGUCUACCAAGCUCGCCUCAUCGACAGCCAAGAGAUGGUGGCCAUUAAGAAGGUUCUGCAGGAUAAGAGGUUCAAGAAUCGGGAACUACAGAUCAUGAGGAAGCUGGAUCACUGCAACAUUGUCAGACUACGUUACUUCUUCUACUCCAGUGGCGAGAAGAAAGAUGAAGUGUAUCUCAACCUGGUGCUGGACUUUGUCCCUGAGACCGUCUACAGGGUUGCCAGGCAUUUUAACAAGGCCAAGAGCAUAAUUCCUAUCAUAUAUGUGAAGGUGUACAUGUACCAGUUGUUUCGCAGUCUGGCUUAUAUCCAUUCCCAGGGCGUGUGUCACAGAGACAUCAAGCCCCAAAACCUGCUUGUCGACCCAGAAACUGCCAUCCUCAAGCUGUGUGACUUUGGCAGUGCCAAGCAGCUGGUCCGCGGUGAACCUAACGUGUCGUAUAUCUGCUCACGGUAUUAUCGCGCCCCUGAGCUCAUUUUUGGUGCCACAGACUACACGGCAAACAUUGACAUCUGGUCAGCAGGCUGCGUACUGGCUGAGCUGCUGCUCGGACAACCCAUAUUCCCCGGUGACAGUGGGGUAGACCAACUAGUGGAGAUUAUCAAGGUGCUGGGAACCCCAACAAGGGAACAAAUCCGAGAGAUGAAUCCAAACUACACAGAAUUCAAGUUCCCUCAGAUCAAAGCCCAUCCAUGGACCAAGGUGUUUAAACCUCGCACCCCUCCAGAAGCCAUUGCUCUUUGCUCCCGGCUGCUGGAGUACACGCCGGCCUCACGUUUCUCCCCGCUAGAGGCCUGUUCACAUGCCUUCUUUGACGAGCUGCGCCAGCCGAACACACGACUGCCCAGCGGCCGUGAACUGCCGAUGCUCUUCAACUUCAGCCCCACGGAGUUGUCAAUCCAGCCCCAGCUGAACUCAACCCUCAUUCCUCCUCACGCUCGCUCUCAUACAGCUGCUUCUGCCCAUGAUGGUACCGGAUCAGAUUCAUCUCAACACAGUUCAGUACCAGGAUCUCUUAACAGCAUCUGAAGCAGCUUCUCGCCUGCCUGCCUGCCAGUCUCACUCUUACCUCAGACACACACACACACACACACUCUACUGCUUUCCUCCGUGCUGCUUGCUCUCCUCUUAGAUGAUCUGUUUUUGUACAGUAAAUGCAUUGAACAAACAAACAUUAGUUCUGUAGCUGCCAGGGUUGAAACUACAGCAGGAGAUUGCUACACACACAGAGUUUCGCUGCUGCUCAGGUGGUAUGUGAAGGUUCAAUAGUGGGGGCUGGUCCUCUGUAAUAUAACCUUUUUUUUUUUAAUCAACAUUUUUUUUCCUUUUUCUUCUUUUAUAUUUGUGUUUUUAAUUUAUUUGACUAAUUGAAAGCAUCAUAUGAUCACACAACAUUUUGUCUCAAGUUUUUUCCACUUCAGAUUAUUUUUUUAUAUUCUCCUGUGUCUCUCCAGUAAGGGGUUAAUUGUACACUGCCUGACCAAGACCAGAACUGUCCCCAAAUAGGUUAUCAGGGUAAAAGAGAUUUUAUUCAACUCAGGGCAGGGGAGCGGAUGCAGGGACUGAUAAAUUCGUCUCCAGCCACAUUAUUUUACCAAUCCAGCCUGAUGUUUAGGUUUAAAUUAAACCUCCAAGUCUUCCUAAUUUACCUGCUUAAGUGGCAGGUAGAGUAGAAAAACGCAUCAGUACCAAGUAGCAGUUAUCAGUGUUUGGUUGGAGGUGUAUUGGAUUGCCCCUUACAUGAAUCAUGUUCAGUGGGUGCACUGGAAAUAACCAGCCAUCGGCCAAACGCUGACUCCACCAAUCAUUGCGUCUCGUAUCCAUCUGUUUGUUUCAUGUUCUAGAGAGUUUUGUCUGGUAAAUGAUUGAAAUAUUCCUCUAAAAACUGUUCCUCCACCUGUCCAGAGUUGUAAAUGAACCCAGCAAGGAUAAUGCUUUUACACUUACAUAUAAAUAUGGGUAAGAUCAAUCAUGGGUUUAGGCUCCUUUUCAGCUUUUAUUUGUGAUUUUUUUAAUUUUAUUUUUUUUAACUAAUUUCCACAUCCAGGAGGGCAGAGGUGUUCAUUUGUUGGACAGACAAUUACAUCAAACAUCCAGAGGAAUAUUCCUUGACUCCUGCUCUUGUUCAUCACCUCAAAAAUUUGUUUAGACCUGUAAAUUACAGUUGUGAAGAAAGUGUCAAUGUGAUGCUCAGAAAAAUCAGAUGAGAUACUCAUCUAGAAAAUGAGCCUUUUGAAAUUGAGCACACAAAUUAGAACCAUAGUAGUGCAACUAGUAGUACAUUACUGGAGGCUGCACAGUGCUUGUUCUGUGCUACCAACUAGUUAGUUGUGUUCGGUUUGAUGAUUAGAUCAAAAACCAGCAGUGCUCUAAAUACUACUGUCGUAGAUCAUUACAGCAAUAGAAAACCUAGAGGCUCCAUGUAAUUCCUAAAUUCAAUAUGGAUAUUGAAGCUUGUCUAAUGAACUAGAGGUCAGUCUGCAUUCUGUAUCACAACAUUAAUGCUUCUUAAAGGAAAUUUUUCCAGAAUUUUCUUGCUUAAGAACACAAAUUUAUGCCCCCUUUAACCACUCAAAAGAGGAGAAAACUCUUGUUUUUUCAUCGAUUCCACUUAUAAUCCACAGCCUUCACUGGUUUCACUUUCUGUGAGUGGAGACCUCAAGUAGUAGCAGUUUACUGUGGAGGAAACGGCUGUGGUCAGAAAUGUCUUAAAAGUGUGUUCCACUAAAAUGGACUGGAAUUUUUGUGUGGCUUUUCUGCUUUAUUUGAUAGUGACAGUAGAGAGAUGAAAGGCAGGGGAGAGAGAGGGGAUGACAUGCAGCAAAGGGCCCUGGGCCUUGAUACAUGGUGCGCGCUCUACCAGGUGAGCUACCGGGAUUCCCCGGAAUUUCUUUUCUUUUUUUUUUUUUUUAAUUAAACAAAAAACAUUUAUUUGCUUUUCAUUUCAAGCUUUCAAAACGGAAAAAGACUUUGAGCUAUUUGAAUGAUGCAAUUAUGAUGGUAGGAUGUCACUGUUAAUAAGAAGUCAAAUCUUUUGAAUUAGGGUAAACGUGGUGCUUUUAAAAAGUCUGAAAUUAUUAUAAAAUUAUUUUAAAGCUUUGAAAAGUAUUUAAACAUGGUAAACAUAGUUACUUGAUGGCCCCCUUUACAAUUUCCUGUUGACGUGUAUUCAGACAGAACACAAUAGGCUGGUUUUGCCACCUUCGAUUUCUUAUUGUAGUCUUAAAAUCUCUCUUUAAUUUCAGAAUAUGAUAAAGUUGUCUCUCUAAAACCUGUAAGAUCCCCUGAAAAAAUAUUAGCAGAUUUAACAUAAAUGCUAUCUAAUCAAAAAGCCACUUUUGGUGGAAUUCCUCUUUAGCUCAAAGAUCAUUCCUGUCCUGAUAUUGGUGUAGAAAAAUACUUUUGUACUCUUUGUGGAAACGAGCAAAAUGAAUGUUGGUCCUGUUGAUUAAACCCAGCAGAGAAACUAAAGAAUGCUGGGACGGGGAUUUAAUGUUUUAUUAAACUUGAUGGGGGGGGUACCUCGUGUAAAUUUAUUUAUUUGUUUGAUUAGAGUUGGAUGUCAGUUAUAGCCGAAGAAGGCUUUGUAUUGGUGUUGCAAAUUCCGUCAAAAGUUUCUCUCACUUUUUACAAGAAUCAUCUUCGUAGAAACAAUAAUAGCUCUGAGGAUAAAAUUGCUUCAGUUCUUUAGUGCCGAGAUGUACACAUAGGUCAAGCAUAAGGAAGAUGAAUGGAAGGCUUAAGCUGUAUUCACACCAAAUCAGGCAUUGCGGCGAAAAUGCCGGGCCCCCCCUUUCAUUUGAAUGUUGGUGUUGCAUUUAGGCUCUGGCGGUGGGGGGCACAGGGGAUGCCAGAAAAAACGCAGCGGCCCUGCAGCGAAAAAACAGAAUCAACUUUUGGAGAAACGCAGCCCGACGACAUGCUGCAGUGGCCAAUCACGCAAGCCGGCGAUCAGAGCGGUCAGCCUGAAAUAUUGCUGAAACCGGGUGCUAUCUAGGCGGAGUUCAUGGACCAAACUAUGUUACUCUCCCAGUUGUGUCCUCCCUUGGUUUAUUUCGUGUACCCAGCUUCGACGUCUGUGUUUGGCUUGCAGUCUAUGCUGCAAAAUAGCGACAACAAAGCGAUUCCUUUGGUUUGUGUCCAUUUGUUUGAGAGAGAGAGAGAGAGAGAGAGAGAGAGAGAGAGAGAGAGCGAGCAGCAGUGGUUGAGCGAGCUAGAAAGUGAAUGAAGAGAGGGAGCGGUGGUAGCGAGAAGGCCGGUGAGAUAAAAUAAAACGUUAUUUUCUGAUUGUUUCACAGUGGUUACGUUCUAAAGCACAAAUAAACACACCCACACCGCCACACAACCCUGCGCUGAUCGCCACAACGCCUGACUUGGUGUGAAUGGUAGUUGAACAUGAACUUCAAGCAGGGGAGUUUCUGUUAGGUGACUGUGUGUUUGUGUGCUCUUGUACUUCUAUCUUCGUGAGGACCAAUUUGAAUUUUACCCCGUAAGAGUGAGAAAAGAGAGCUUUUAGACUUUUUAUUGUUUACGGUCAAUCCUCUCAAGUAUAGAAGUAAAAAACGUCUGUGUGUGUGUCUGACCAUAUUCCAACCUACAGUCUGAACAGCCAGUGUUAUAGGGAUUAGAGCAGUCAACAAUUCAGAUUUUUAGUAAGCAGUGCAGACCACUUGAAAGUUUGUAGUAUAGUAUAUUUGAUACUAUUGUACCAUGCCUCCACCUGCUGUUUUUACCUGCAGCCAUGUUUGUUUUGGACCCUUUUUUAAAUAUAAGAGCUCUGAUGAGCCUGGAUGCUUUUUGAAUUCCACCACGCUCAGCACAUUCACAUUGAUUUUAUAUGAGGAGAGUGGAGGGCAUUUUUCAUUCUCUUUUCCACCAAGGUUUUCCUCCCUGCUGCUUCUGGGUUUUAAACCGCUAACCUCCUAGUCCCGUGGGUUACUGCUGGGCACAUUAUGCUUUCUUUGCUGUAAAGAGUCCAACCAGCAUGUUUGAUUAACUCUGCAGGGUACAUCACACUCAGAGUUGUCAGACUUUCUGUAGCUAUGAAAAGGUGUGAAAAAGCUGCACCCAGCAAGAGGAAUCAAACAUAACUGAUUUUUUUUUCUUCCCCAAUCUCGGAAGCCAUUUUUUCCCCUCCUCACUCGCCUGUCUCCUUCUCUUAUCGCACAUGUAAAUAUCACUGAUUUUUAUUUUCCUCUUUUUACUUUUUAUUACAGAGUUGUUUAUAUCUUAUUUCCCUCAUCCUGUCGAUGAAGCAGUCUUAGUUUGUGCAUUUUUGUAAAUAUGUUUCUUUUUUUUUUUCACAAUUCAAAAUGUAAAUACUGCAAAGGAAAAACAAAUCAGCGUACUCCUCAUGUUUGUUGAUGAUCUUUCUCUCUCUUUCUUGUAGUCGAGUUAAAAUUGUAAAGUAACUAUUAACAACAUGGUUACUCAGCUGUCCUCCCUGUUUGGUCCUCUGUGGGACUACCUGACUGUUGAAUGAAUAUUUCAAGGGUUCUGUUCCAAAAUGCUCUCUUUCUGUUCACUUUGGGUGGAAAAUAUAAACGCCUAAGAAUGAUAUGAAAAUCUAAAGGACUUGAGGCACGUGACAGCCGCAUCUUGAAUCUGGCCACGGUUGCAUGACAGUGCUCUCUCCAAACUGCUAUAUCUAUAUCUGCUGUUGAUCUUUACAGUAUAAUAAAUGCUAAAUGUUUGAAACAAUGUUUGUUUUACUUUUUUACCAUGAUUAAAUCUAAAAGAACUUUUUAUUUUAUUUUAAGUGAAACAUGUUCAAGAUACAUUUCCAAUUGUCUUUUAUUGUUUUCUUUUGGACUUGGUAACCCUUUUAUCGUACAAUUUAAAAUACCGCCUUCUGUCUCUCCAUAGUAACCAGGAGGUAAACGGACACAAUAUCACACUAAGAGCAAUGUGAGCUCAGAGGCUGAAAAUAUGUUCCAGUUGACAAAAAUCUUGCGUUUUGCAGAUUUAAAAUGAUAAAUUUAAAACUCACCCCUAAACAGCAGCUAAAAAAAAAAAAAAACACUCAGUGCCUGCAGGUGGCGCAAGUGUCAUAAUCGCAGUAGCUAUUACCGUCCUUGCCUGUAGAUGGCAGACAUGCCUACAACUUGCUCUUUACGGAGACUUCACCGAUUUAGCAUUGCGCUCUUAAAACAUGGUCCGACUCUCAAUGAAAAGUUUCCAAAAAAAAAAAUCUAAAUCGAUGCAGCAGAACCAGAGAAAUCAUCCUUUUUAUUCCACACAUUCUUCUUCCUUGUCAACACCUGGCACCUACAUUACCCACAAUGUAACUAGACCGCCGACAGGUGUGUUAUGCUAGUAGCAGCUAAUGUAGCCUCUAGUCUCAAGCAGAGACGAGCAGCAGGCUACAGAGGGCUGGUAACCUCACUUCUUUCUAACUCCACACCCCCACAUUUUCUUCAGUUUCAGACUUGUAGCAUUCAGACCCAACCGAUGUCGAGGCAAUUUUAUCAAAUUUCACACAGCUCCCCCUGGAGCUACAAAAGGCUUUAUAUAACUUUGUUUUUUCACAUAUACAGUAGCACUCCCCAAAACCUGUAAACAGACUUUGAUGUGUAAAAUCAUUGCAGUUCCCCUUCAAGUGUUGUUCCUGUUAUUUUUCUUGCCUGCACGUGAGACUGGAACUGUUUCUGUUUCUUUUUCUUCCACAUAGUUGAUUGUUCUCAUUUUGGAACAGAACUUUGUUUGUUUGUGUGUUUUGCAAUAUAUUAUUACUGUGCAGUAUUGAGAAAAAUGACUUAGCUACAGGUCACUGGCAUUUUCACAGACUUGAGUGAUCUCAAAAGUGUGUAGUUGGACUAGAAAUCACAUUAUGAUGUCCAGCUAGUACUCAACAUGGGCAUUUUGUGUUAUGUGCUGUAUGGCAUUCAGAAUUGCUGCUAAUGAUCGCAAGAUGGCAGAAAUAGACAUUUGUGUUGUGACUGCAGACAGAGCCACCUCUCAGCUGUGCGUGUGUGUGUGUGUUUGUGGCCAGGUAACGUAGAAAUAUUGCUGCACAUGGCCGACAGUUUCAAGUAAACUGAAUCUCUGAAAUUGUUCUUUGUGUUUUUAAAUUCUCUGAAAACUCAGUUGUGUGUUCAUAUUACCUCUCUAAUUAACUGAGGGAGAUGACUGCAUCUCUUAAUAUGUCACUUUUAUUUAAUUUUUACCUCUAAUGCUGUUAAUUGUGGUGUCAUUUUGCCCUGGUGGACUGAUGUGAUGGAGGGAUAUAUGGAGAAAGAGAGAGAAAGAAACACAAACCUGUCUGUCUCUUGUUAUGUGUGUAUGAUAUGAACUCAUUUACUGUAAUAAAGUGAUGAAACUGUG